AUGGCCUUGGCUCAUUCUAGAUGGUUGAUUGGCGAUGGACGGAGUAUUGAUGUGACUGAGGACUCGUGGGUGGAUGCGCUCCCAUUGAGACUAUGGCCGACGAUGUUUAGUGGUUCGGGGGCAGAGGGACUCCGGAUUUCUGACCUUCUCAGGCCGGGGGCAGCGGAGUGGGAUGGUGACAGACUAGACCAGCUGUUUGGAGAGCAUUUGGCAGAGCGGGUUCGGGCACUUCCCAUUUCGGGUUCUGCAGGUCCGGAUGUCAGGGUUUGGAGCACUACUUGCAGAGCGAGUGUUGGUGUCGGUGAUGUUUCCCGAGUUAUUCAGCGGGAGUCAGUGCCGGGCUUAGACUGUGGCUGGGAGUGGAGGGUUGGGCUAUACCAGAGGGCUGCUCUCUUCCUCUGGAAGGUGGCUUGGGAGUGUUUGCCGAUGUGUUCAGUGCUGAGCAGACGAGGAGUGAGCCUCCCCCCUCUAUGCCCGGAUUGUGGGGUGAACGAGUCGGUGGAUCAUGUGCUCUUCCAGUGCGAUCGGGCGCGGGAUGCUUGGAGGCUGACUAGGAUUCCAGAGGAUGCUUGGAGCCGGAGGGACUGUUUUUUGAAGAUGGUUCAGCGAUGGGCUGGCAUUCCUCAGAUGCGCGGCAUGGCUAUUCGGGCAUCUUGUACAGCUUAUCAGAUAUGGCUGGCCAGGAACGCCAGUGUAUUUGGCGAGGGUAGCCCGUCACCGUGGUUCGUGAUGGAGCGGGCUAGAGCUCAGGCAGCAGAGAUUAUACAUGUAGAUUUAGUCCAUAGACCUUUGACAGCUCGGAACAUCUGGGGCCCCCAUACUGCUUCGGCAGCUCCACAUAGGGUGAUUGAGGAUUUGUCACCUGGACUUAAGAAAUUUGGAAAGCAAUUUGAGCCUAUUUAUGAUGGUUAUGAUUUGGGAAAGAAAAGGAAUAAUGAUUUAUGGACUCUCAGAUAG